UUUUUUUUGGCUUUCUGAACUGUAUGUAUCGCUUCCCCCCACGAUAAAAACCCGUUUUUGUUUCUUCAUUCAGUUCACUGAUUUGUCUGUCGUUAGAAAACCCUGGAAGUGUUUGUCAGCUGACAAGAGUCACGUGCUUGCAUCAGCUGGUCUGGAAUAAAUACAAAUUCUUUUUGUGCAGAUCUGAUUAUAAUAUUUGGUUGGCACACACGUCUGAGGCACCAAGAGACCAGAUUAUACUUCCUGUGACAGCUCCUGUCGCUGGUAAAAAUGGCUCACCUCACAGAACUUUUCAAGUAUGUGGACGAACACCAGGACCUGUAUGUGCAGCGUCUUGCUGAAUGGGUAGGUAUCCAGAGUGUGUCUGCUUGGCCUGAGAAGCGUGGGGAGAUCAAAAAAAUGAUGGAGACGGCUGCCAAGGACAUCGAGAGGCUGGGGGGGACAGUGGAGCUGGUGGACGUCGGCAAGCAGGAGCUUCACACAGGAGAGCAGAUCCCCCUGCCUCCUAUCAUCCUGGGGUGCUUAGGAUCAGACCCAGCCAAGAAGACUGUGUGCAUUUAUGGUCACCUCGAUGUUCAGCCAGCCAAUAUUGACGACGGCUGGGACACAGAGCCUUUCACUCUGGUGGAGAAAGAUGGUAAGCUCUAUGGAAGAGGAUCUACUGAUGACAAGGGUCCAGUGUUGGCCUGGUUUAACUGCAUUGAGGCGUAUCAGAAGAUUGGAAAGGGGCUUCCCAUCAACAUCAAAUUCUGCUUUGAGGGGAUGGAGGAAUCUGGAUCUGAGGGCCUGGAUGAUCUUGUGUUUUCUAGAAAGGACACUUUCUUUAAAGACGUGGACUACGUCUGCAUCUCUGACAACUACUGGCUGGGCAAGAGCAAACCCUGUAUCACCUACGGUCUGAGAGGAAUCUGCUAUUUCUUCACUGAGGUGGAGUGUGGUGGGAAGGACUUACACUCAGGGGUGUUUGGUGGUUCUGUUCAUGAGGCCAUGACUGACCUCAUUGCACUUAUGGGCUGCCUUGUUGACAAAAGGGGGAAGAUUUUGGUUCCUGGGAUCUACGACAGCGUGGCCCCUCUGACAGCAGAUGAGCAAAAGUUGUAUGAGAAGAUCGACUUUGACUUGGAUGAGUACUGCAAAGAUGUGGGAGUUUGCCAGUUGCUGCAUGACACUAAGGAGCAAAUCCUCAUGCACCGUUGGAGAUACCCAUCUCUAUCACUUCAUGGUAUUGAGGGGGCUUUCUCUGAAGCAGGAGCCAAGACGGUUAUCCCCCGCAAGGUCAUCGGCAAGUUUUCCAUCCGCCUUGUUCCUGACAUGGACCCCAAAGUUGUGGAGAAGCAGGUCAUUGAUCAUCUGCAGAAGAAGUUUGCUGAACUGGGAAGUCCCAACAAACUGAAAGUGCACAUGGGCCACGGGGCCAGAGCCUGGGUGUCUGACUUCAACCACCCGCACUACAUGGCAGGAAGAAAGGCCAUGAAAACAGUCUUUGGGGUCGAGCCUGAUCUGACUCGUGAGGGCGGCAGCAUCCCGGUCACCCUGACCUUCCAGGAGGCCACAGGCCGUAACGUCAUGCUGCUUCCUGUAGGAUCCUCCGAUGACGGAGCUCACUCUCAGAAUGAAAAGCUCAACAGAUCAAACUACAUUCAGGGAAUCAAGAUGCUGGGAGCAUAUUUCCAUGAGGUCUCUCUGCUGGAGUGAUUUUAUGGUGUCUCAUCAUGACAGGUGUCAAAUAUAUUUGUUCUCUAUCAGAGCGACAUGGAUUUACCAUCCACAGUGUACGGUUUUAUACACACACUUCUGAUAAUAAAAGUGUCUUUUACUUUU